GGCCCGGAAUCCCUUUGCCUGGGAGAAAAGCGCGAGCACAGAAGCCGACAGAAGUUGGGGAGGUCGAGCAGGGAAGGGCUGGUAGAAACCUCCAACAGAUUUCCUUUCCACUCGGUCCUGGUCGCUUGGGCCCGGGAGGAACGUCUCUGCUUGCGUCUAGGGGCGGACGGUGGACGCGCUGCGCACGGCCCCGCCAGGGCUGGUAGUUUGCAGACCAUCCCUGCCGAGGCCCGCUCGCCCGGCAGCCCUGCGGCUCCCGCGGCGGCGGCGGCGGCCCCAGGCUCGAUCCAGCCCAGGUAGCCGCGCCUCUGGCUCUGGGGGCGCUGUGACCCCGCUCCUCGCUGCGCCUGGGACCCCCUGCCCCCCAAAGCACUGCUGUUGGAGAGUGACCCCGACUGCUGCUGAUGGUGCCUCUGCUGCUCCCCUACUAGCAGGAGGGAUUCUUAGCCGAAAGUGGACUUUGGAGGAGGGUCCGACAGGCCAUCAGCAUGGAAGUCAGGCAAGGAAAUCAGCUGACUCAGGAGCCGGAGUGAGAGCCACGCACCCUCUGCCCCAGCCUGCACCAUGAACUUGCCUUCACCUUCUGCGUGUUGAGAGCCGAGGGAGGGGGGGCACGCUCAAGAGAGAGAGAGAGAAAGAGAGAGAGAUGGCUUUCUUUACUCCCUGGAAGUUGUCCUCUCAGAAGCUGGGCUUUUUCCUGGUGACUUUUGGCUUCAUCUGGGGGAUGAUGCUUCUCCACUUCACCAUCCAGCAACGAACUCAGCCUGAGAGCAGCUCCAUGUUGCGGGAGCAGAUCCUGGAUCUCAGCAAAAGGUACAUUAAAGCCCUGGCCGAAGAAAACAGGAACGUGGUGGAUGGACCAUAUGCUGGUGUCAUGACAGCUUAUGAUCUGAAGAAAACUCUUGCUGUGUUGCUGGAUAACAUCUUGCAGCGCAUUGGCAAGCUUGAGUCGAAGGUGGACAAUCUCGUCAACGGCACAGGAGCAAAUUCUACCAACUCCACCACAGCUGUCCCCAGCUUGGUAUCGCUUGAAAAGAUUAAUGUAGCAGAUAUCAUUAAUGGAGUUCAAGAGAAAUGUGUAUUGCCUCCUAUGGAUGGCUACCCCCACUGCGAGGGGAAAAUCAAGUGGAUGAAAGACAUGUGGCGCUCGGACCCCUGCUACGCAGACUAUGGAGUGGACGGGACCCCCUGUUCCUUCUUUAUUUACCUCAGUGAGGUUGAAAAUUGGUGUCCUCGUUUACCUUGGAGAGCAAAAAAUCCCUAUGAAGAAGCUGAUCAUAACUCAUUGGCGGAAAUCCGUACGGAUUUUAACAGUCUCUAUAGCAUGAUGAAGAAGCAUGAGGAGUUCCGGUGGAUGAGACUUCGGAUCCGGCGAAUGGCUGACGCGUGGAUCCAAGCGAUCAAGUCUCUGGCAGAGAAACAAAACCUUGAAAAGAGAAAACGGAAGAAAAUCCUUGUCCACCUGGGGCUCCUGACCAAGGAAUCUGGCUUCAAGAUUGCGGAGACGGCAUUCAGUGGUGGCCCUCUUGGUGAACUAGUUCAGUGGAGUGACUUAAUUACAUCUCUCUACCUACUGGGCCAUGACAUCCGGAUCUCAGCUUCGCUGGCUGAGCUCAAGGAGAUUAUGAAGAAGGUUGUUGGAAAUCGAUCUGGCUGUCCUACAGUAGGAGACAGAAUUGUUGAGCUUAUUUAUAUCGAUAUUGUGGGACUUGCUCAAUUUAAGAAAACUCUAGGACCAUCCUGGGUUCAUUACCAGUGCAUGCUCCGAGUGCUAGAUUCCUUUGGAACAGAACCUGAGUUCAAUCAUGCAAGUUAUGCCCAGUCGAAAGGCCACAAGACCCCCUGGGGAAAAUGGAAUCUGAAUCCGCAGCAGUUUUACACCAUGUUCCCUCACACCCCAGACAACAGCUUUCUGGGCUUCGUGGUCGAGCAGCACCUGAACUCCAGUGACAUCCACCACAUUAACGAGAUCAAAAGGCAGAACCAGUCCCUUGUGUAUGGCAAAGUGGAUAGUUUCUGGAAGAAUAAGAAAAUCUACUUGGAUAUCAUCCACACGUACAUGGAAGUGCAUGCCACUGUUUAUGGCUCCAGCACAAAGAACAUUCCCAGUUACGUGAAAAAUCACGGCAUCCUCAGUGGGCGUGACCUGCAGUUUCUUCUCCGGGAAACGAAGCUGUUUGUUGGGCUGGGAUUCCCCUAUGAGGGUCCAGCUCCCCUGGAGGCCAUUGCAAAUGGAUGUGCUUUCCUGAACCCCAAGUUCAACCCUCCCAAAAGCAGCAAAAACACAGACUUCUUCAUUGGCAAGCCGACCCUGAGAGAGCUGACAUCUCAGCACCCGUACGCAGAAGUCUUCAUCGGCCGGCCACACGUCUGGACCGUGGAUCUCAACAACCGAGAGGAAGUGGAGGACGCCGUGAAAGCCAUCUUAAACCAGAAGAUUGAGCCGUACAUGCCCUACGAGUUCACGUGUGAAGGGAUGCUGCAGAGGAUCAACGCGUUCAUAGAAAAGCAGGAUUUCUGCCAUGGCCAAGUGAUGUGGCCUCCCCUGAGCGCCUUGCAGGUGAAGCUGGCCGAGCCUGGGCAGUCGUGCAAGCAAGUGUGCCAGGAGAACCAGCUCAUCUGCGAGCCCUCGUUCUUUCAGCAUCUCAACAAGGAGAAGGACUUGCUGAAGUAUAAGGUGACCUGCCAAAGCUCAGAACUGUACAAGGACAUCCUGGUGCCGUCCUUCUACCCCAAGAGCAAGCACUGUGUGUUCCAAGGAGAUCUUCUGCUUUUCAGUUGUGCUGGGGCCCACCCCACACACCAGAGGAUCUGCCCCUGCCGGGACUUCAUCAAGGGCCAAGUGGCCCUCUGCAAAGACUGCCUAUAGCACAGCCACUCCGAAUUUGUUCAGAUGGGAAAGAGGUGACUCCACUGGGCAGGGCCAGGGGGCCGAAGGCAUUCAGGGACUCUGACCGGAGCCCAAACUCUUUGGUCCAGGGCUUGGAUUUGGUACUGCUCCAGCUGCAGCCAGCACAUCCCAAGAGUUUACAUCAAAACCGCAAGACAAGAGAGCUCAGACCAGGGGCCUGGCUUCUCCCUGGUGCGACGAAUGUCUUCUCUGUCCCAGAAAGUGUCCAGGCAGCUGCUCCGGGGUUAUUAUUAUUUUUUUUUUUUAAAAAAAAGAAAGGAUGAAAGUCUGGAGACUCAUUCAACUGAAAACAAAACAGGAAGAGGAAUUGAGCCGAUUGGAAAGAACUUUGGGGACAUUCCUAAACCCACUAAUUUAUUUAUUUGGGAGGAUGGGGGUGGGGUCGGGAGGCGAGGAAAGGGCUUGAACAGAGUUUCCUUUUUGUCCCCCAUUGUUGAUCGCCACCAUCAGGAGCUUCUUGUUCUGCUGGCGUCAUGCAGGACGCAGAGGUGGCAAUGCUGGAGGGCAGCUAUGGGAGCCUGGCUCCUAGUGGCCGGUGGCAGCACAGGAAAAAAACAAAAAAAUGUCUUUAAGAGUAGGGAUGUGGCUCAGUUUGCAGAAUGCUUGCUUAGCAUGCAUGGAGCCCUGGCUUCCAUCCUCAGCACUACAUAAAACCAGGUAAACACCUGUAAUACAGGUAAGAAGUAGAGACAGGAGGAUCAAACAUUCAGGGUCAUCCUUGGCUACAUAGCAAAGUCAAGGCCAGCCUACAAGAGACCCUGUCUCAGAAAAUGGAAAAAAAAAAAUUUUUUUUUUUUUUUGCUUUGAAAACACAGCUAGGUACUGUCAAAGCAUUAUCAUGGAGCUGAUGAUCCCGGGUAUUGACUUGGCAGGUGGCAGCUAAAAGGCAGAUAACCUUGCUGGGGACAAGUCUGUGUGUCCUGAGGGCCCUGCCAAGUGCCAAAGACAGGCUGGACUGUGGACAAGAGAGGCUGCUUUCCUGUAUGUCCCCUCCCCACCACCUACACCGCUUGGCCCUUGAUCUCUGAUUAGAAUUCCUUGGUCACAGAAACACAGGAUUGUGUAGUUCUUAUUUGCUGCUGUGGUAAACUGGCCCUCCCUCCCUCUAAGGGAAGGAAAGUGAGAAACCGGAUGACUCCAAGAACUGCCCUUGAACUUGGGGGGGGGGCGGGGUUCUCUAGCUUCAAAACAGCUAAGGUGUGGGUAAGAAUGACAGUCUUAGAGGUAGUAGCAAGAGAGGGAUCCGUGCUGUGCCCCCAGUGAUGCCUGAUAUUGCUGAAUUCCAGGGAACGGGGCUCCCCAUGCGCUUGGUGGUUUCUGGGGAGGUAAGAACAGUUCAGAAUGAAUGCUACGCUGGUUGUCCUGGCUGCUCCGCAGUGGGUGUGGCUUACGGAGGGUGGGAGACUGGAGCUGGCGGUUACUUGAAGCACUCUCAGGAGUGUGAGCAGCCCUGUGGAGGACCUGGCAGCAGGUUAGCCUAGUCAGAUAUGCUGGAGCUCCUUGGUGAGUCCAUCCCUGCUGAAGUAUUGCCUCUGUGCUCACUUGGGAGUUUCUAGAGACACCGCCCAUUACAUCUCUCCAUGCUGGUGAAUGAACCAACCCUCUUCUACCUCUCGGCCAUUAGCAUUGUCCACCCAGCCCCGGCUGGUAGAAUAGACUUCCUGGCCUGCUGGUGCUGCCCAGCGCCUCCCUGUGGCCAGACGGAACCUCUGCCUAGCUGAAAAAGCAGAAUGAGGUCCAGGACUGGCUGAGCCCUCCAGAAGCAACAGAAAGGAAGAUUCUGCUUUGGGGUGACCAAGGGGUAGGGAGAUGGGGCAUGGGACUUCUAGGUCUGGGAAAUCUGAUCUGCUUACCUCUUCGUUUCUAUCUGGGUGCAUACGCACACCACUUACACCCCCAGCCUUUUUUCCUAAGGCCCUAAGGUAGGCAUCUCAAGGGACUGAGAUUUUAGUCGUAUAGAAUGAAGUGGAGUGGGUAGGUGUGUGUGCUGGGGGCCGUGUAGGGGGUGGGGAAAGGCAAGGGAAUCCUAUCCUAAGCACUGACAGGGUCCUUCAAGACCUGAUUGGAAUCCUCUCUGCCCAGGUUGAGCCGCCAGGCAGGUGAAAGUUGAAAAGCCUAGCUAUGACGCAUGUUUAUUAACCCUUGCAAAAGUGGCUUCCUGCAGCAGAGUGGGAGAAAACUGUGAGGAAGGAUUUUUCCCUGACAGUGGGCUCCUUAGCUGCACCCCCAGAGUUGUGGCAAUCUGCCCGAGUUUCCAGACCUGAAGUCCCUGGGCAUCCCCAAUGGGCUAUGGGUGACAGUGCUGGCAUUCAGCCAGCAGGGGGUGCCCCACCUGAAAUGGUCCCCGUGCUGCAGAUGACUGUAAACAAGCAGGGAGGCCGGGAGGCUGGGUGGCAGCCUUGUUCCCACCCGCAGAAGCUGCCUGGCCCUGAGCUCCGGCUCUCUCCACCUUCCUAUUUCUCCUCUCCAGCUCCAGACCCAAGUCACGCAACCAUGUAAUAAAUUCCUCUUCCGGUUUUAGCCAGACUUUCCCUGGUGGGCUCCAGCUCUCUCGAGGUUACGUGCACUCUAGUUGUUAAGGGCAUUAUCAACAGGAGGGGGCGUCCCCUUAAUAUACAUCAGCUCCUAGCCCUCCUCAGAGUUAGUAAGGUGUGGCCAAGUGACCCUGCAGAGAAACUGGGGGCAGGGGACAUUCUGCCUGUCAGGUGUGGAAGUCAGCAAAGAGUGAACUCACAGCAUCGCCGAUUUUGUAGAAACCUAGGCCUGGGUGUAACGGAACCUUCCACAGGGAGAGACACCUGAAAUGAGAACUCGUGCUCUCCUGCGCUGUGAUCCGAUCUCGUCUUUGGGGUUAUUUCCCCGUUUGUGAUGUUGGGCUCUUAAAAUAGGGGGGACCUUUAUGUGAUUUAUUAAGAGAGAAUGCAUUUCUUCAGAAGGUGAAGGCCUUUUCAGAGCAAGAACUCCUGAGGGGGGCCAUGCCUCAUAGGAUCCCAGUUCACACCUCGUGCAUUUCUGUAUGUGGUCUGAUUUUGUGUGCAAAUGGAAGCGCUGUAUGAAGUUUUUUGCUUUGACUGUUUUGGAGUUUUGUUUUGUCUCCGAGAUGAAUCAUUUGAUUUGUUUUAGGUUCUGGUGAGUGUGUGGAAAUACUUGUCUGGUUUUUGUUUUUUUUUUUUUUUUUUUUUUUGGUGGUGGUGGUGGUACAUGUCUUCCUGACAUGUCUUCCCACUUCUCUUUGGGGGUUGGGUUUUGAAGGCUGGGUGCCAUUGAAGGCUGAUAGCAGAUUGUUCCAGCCUGGAAUAACUACAUAUGUGCACAUGGCUAUUUAUGUUCCCGGUUAUGCGUGCACACAAGACUGUACAUUUAGCGUGUGCGCAUGUGCGUGUUUGUAUAUGUUCCCGGUGUGUGGCAUAGGCACACGCACCCCCAGAACCCUUUUGCUGGCACCCUCAGGACCAGACCCUAUCUCUUGAGUCUCAAUGGUGGCCAAGGUAGUGAAGGGUCUCCUUCCCCAGUCACCCCGGCCCCGGCUGACACAUUACUGAGGCAGGAGAUCAGCCUGGAGGACAUCUCCGCAGAAGCAGUAGCCCCCACAUACUUCUAGUUAGCAUGAUGGAGGUGAAAGAUGUCCGCUCCCUUUUCCCCUUCCUUAGUGAAUGAACGUGAGUGUUGCUGUAGUACUGCUCACGGGUCACGACCUGUCGGUGAGUUGGGUUGCACUGAAACUCUCUGUUGCUUGUAGAUGAAUGUGUGUGUGCUGUGUGUCAGACCAGGGUGGUUCACCUAGAUUGUGUGUAAGUAGGCACCGCCACCCUCCCCCAAACUUCUUGACCGAAAAGGAAAAGCCAAGUGUUUUGUUAACGACAGGCUCUGCUGUGUGUGUUACUAUUCCAAGCCUGGACUGUCUUAUUUAUUUAAAACUAUUUUAAUUUCUCUAUUGGCUUUAUUCUGAUCCCAUCUGUCCCUGUGUGUGGCUGCAGAGUAUGUCUUCAUUAGAGUAGACGGCUGGCAGAAAUAGAUUUAUAGUCGUUCAGGAAGCUAGCUAGCAGCUUGGAGCUGAAGAGGAGUUCCUUUCGUUCUUGUUGCCUUCGACAGAAAGUGCAAAGUCAAGUUGUUUUGGUUUGGAUUUUGUUUUUUCACAUAUAGCAAAAGACCAAAUUAGCUGUAUAGUCUUGGAUACCGAAAAUAAGAAUUACUCUAGCUCCCCUAGCCUUUAGGGUUCUGUGGGGAUCCCAUAGCACAGUGCCUGGCUCGUAGAAAGCCUGGUGAAUGUUCAAUAUUGAUAUUAGUAGUAUAUUAUAAAACUUGAGAAAUAAAGAGCUGCGCUCACCCCCUAUCUGUUAAUUCAAACAUGAUGGUUACAUAAAAAUCUUGUUGAGUCGAUCAGUGGUAUAGGAAUUAAUUGUUUCAAAUGUUUAAGCUCUGUGCCUACCAUGUUCACUGGAAUUCUAGUGUUUUCUUGAAUACACUGAUUGGAAAACAUGUCAGUCUUCAGCACUCUAUGAAACAAGACUGAAAGACUUUAUUAAGUGAAGUUGAACCCACCAAUAUGUUCUGGAACAUUCCAGGGGUUUCUUUGGGGAACUUUUUGAGCUCAAAAUUAAAAGUUCUCUCACAAGUUGCACUCCUUGAAUUAGAGUUUAAUUUUUAUUCUCCUAUAAUGCAAUAAUAGAAUCUUCAAUUUGUUUAAGGCAAAGAAAGUGAAUUACUGGAUUUACAGUCCCCGCGAGACCCUUUGCUGCCCCCUGCUGGACAGGGUGGCUCCCAGCAGGUUGGUUACCUUGGCCACAUUCCCAUCCUAUCCAAGAUUAAUCCCAUGACCUGGUCCCUAAAAAAAAA